AGUUAAAAUCUUUUUCUAGCUUUUUUUUUUCUCUUUUUGCAAAAAACUUUUUUAUUUUCAAAAAUGUCUUUCACUCUCGAAGCUCCUUUGGCCUACAAGAUCCUCGAUAGCUAUUUCGAGAACGUUUCCUACGUUAAGGGUGCUGAAGCAUCCGAGGCUGAUAAGUCUGUCUUUGCCGCUUUGAGCGAAGGUCCCUCUGCUGAGGCCUAUCCUCACUUGGCCAGAUGGUACGCUCACAUUGCCGCUGUCCAAGGUUUGAUCACCAAGGAUGCUGCUGCUGCUCCUGCUGCUGCCCCCGCUGCCGCUGCUGAGGAAGACGAUGAUCUCGAUCUCUUCGGUUCCGACGAUGAGGAAGUUGAUGAGGAAGCUGAGAAGCUCAAGGCUCAACGUGUUGCUGAAUACAACGCCAAGAAGGCCGGUAAGCCCAAGCCUACUGCCAAGACCACCGUUACUCUUGAGGUUAAGCCUUGGGAUGAUGAGACUGACAUGGAGGAAUUGACCAAGGCUGUCAAGUCCAUCGAGAUGGACGGUCUCCUCUGGGGUGGUUCUCAACUCGUUGCCAUUGGUUACGGUAUCAAGAAGCUCCAAAUCAACUGUGUUGUUGAAGAUGAUAAGGUUCUUUUGGACGAUUUGUCUGACAAGAUUUUGGAAUUCGAGGAUUUCGUUCAAUCUGUCGAUGUUGCUGCUAUGCAAAAGAUCUAAGCUUUUCUUUAUAUAAAAAUACUGUAAUAAACAAAAUAAAGCAAAGAAAUGUAUAAAAAAAAAAAAAAAAGCACAAGUUUUUUUUUUCUUCUGUUAUUUUGAAAUUCUUC